AUUAUAUUCCAGGGGCGCCAAAUCCGCCCAUCGAUCGAAUCAGGGAAUCAACAUGCGAGGGUAUCUAACAUCCGGAUGCCGGCUUUAACGCGUUUUUUGGUACUUACUUCUUUAAGGGCUGGCUGACGUGUUUCGCGAAGCUUCACACAACCCGAGCGUGACGUGGUGCGUGUGCGAGCAUACGUACGUGCUCCCACCGUCAGGUAUGCCCUUGGAAUUGACUUGGGAUGGUGGGCAGGGCAGAGCACGGCGGCGUCGUCAUCACUCUAGAGUCUCGCACGUCUUGAGUCUCUCACAUCAAUGUAUGACACGCUUCCGCAGAGAUGCCGAGCGUAGCGAUGUACAAAAGAGUGGACGUUGGCCUGCUUGCGCCCGGCAGUAGCUGGCUUCUGAAAGAAAGGAAAACUCACUGAUUAAGCCUGGAUUGAGCAUAUCAAAUCAUCAUGCUGGCCAAUAUGGUUGCUCCAUACUACCUCAUCACAGCCUCGCUGGUUGGCAUCGCCUGUGCCGGCUUGGUUCCGCGUGCCAAUGUCCCCAGCGCCAACGGCUUCCCACAGCCGGACAAGCAUGAAAGCCUCACCAUUGCCCAGCAAGCCGGGGGCCUUCUUCCCAAUGCGCCUCCUCCUAAGACUCUGGGCAACGGGAGCAUCGCGGCCUUGCAGCUCAUAGCUUUCAACGAGCUCUUUGAGACCGCCCUCUUCAACUCGCUGAUCAACAACAUCACGAGCAAUGCCACUGGCUAUAAUGACACUCCUGAUGGCGCACUUGAGGCCCUCGAGGCUGUACGUGCUCAAGAGGAGCAGCAUGCUCUCGCCGCCAUAGGAACCUUGAAGAACACCGGUGCUUUCGCACCUGUGCCUUGUCGGUACCAGUUCCCAACGGCGCAGAACUUCACCAGUGCGAUUGCUCUGGCCGAGACAGUCACUGCGGUCGUGCUAGGCGUGCUUCAGGAGGCCAAUGUAUUCUUCUCCCAGGAUCGUGCGCCUGACCUUGUGCGCCUUACUUCGUCGAUCAUCGGUCAGGAGGGCGAGCAGACAGGCUACUAUCGCCGUCUGCUGGGCCUUGUCCCGUCCGAGUCGCCCUUUUUGACCUAUGUCCCCGCAUCCUAUGCCUUCUCUGCGCUGCAAUUAUUCGUCGUCAACGGUUCAUGCAACUACACGCUGAGCAAGGUGGGCAACUUGACCAUCUUCCCACCCAUCGCGACCAACGGUGGCCCCGUUGCCUUGAUCCCGCCCAAGAAUCAGACACUCUCUUUCCAGACCAACCUCACCGACUCGAAGGCUGCGCAGCAGUACGUCGGUAAGAACACGAGCAGUCUGUACUUCACAUACACGACCGGGCAACAGCUGCCCUUCAGCGUGCCCCUCCAGAACGCAUCAUGGAGCGGUUCGGUACUGAGCUUCCGCGCCGACUUCCCCUAUGAGAAGCAUGUCAUGCACGGCUUCAGCCACGGCGCGUUGACAGUUGGCGGGAACUUUACGAAUGCCACCACGCAGGCGAAUGCGACACUGGCUGCGCCUGCGGUCAUUCAAGUGAAUAACUCGAUUCCAACGAACAGCACGAUGGGUAUGUAAGGGUUGAUUGUUGGAAAUAAAUGUACAUGUAUGACAACAUUAUUCCUUGCUUGUUGGAAACGGAUGGCACAGUACUACCUGGUGAUUGUUGGGUUUGGGUGAGAUCAAACAAUGCUUUUUACACCAGCAAACAGCCGAU